AUCCACAACCACUAAGAACUAGACACAUUGUUGCAUUAAUCUUGAUCAGAAAGACAUUUAUUUCCCAUUUCCUUGGUUGUUCGUUAUGGCCUCAUCAUCUGAUCUGGUGUUUAGAGUGCGGCGGUGUGAGCCGGAGCUGAUUGGUCCAGCUGAAACGACCCCUCGUGAAGUGAAACUACUUUCUGACAUAGAUGACCAAGAUGGCUUACGGUGCCAAAUUCCUGUGGUGCAGAUCUAUCGUUGCAAUCCAUCAAUGGCGGGGAAGGACCCUGUUGAGGCCAUUAGGAAAGCAUUGGCCAAAACACUUGUGUUUUACUAUCCUUUUGCAGGUAGGCUCAGAGAAGGGCCUGGUAGGAAACUCAUGGUGGAUUGCACUGCUGAGGGUGUUUUAUUUAUUGAAGCCGAUGCAGAUGUCACUCUUGAUCAAUUUGGUGAUCCUCUUCAACCUCCAUUCCCAUGCAUGGAGGAGCUCAUUCAAGAUGUUCCUGGUUCUGAAGGAAUCCUUAACACACCCUUGUUGCUUAUACAGGUAACGCGACUCAAUUGCGGUGGUUUCAUUUGCGCUAUCCGAUUAAAUCACACCAUGAGUGAUGCGGUUGGUUUGGUCCAAUUUAUGAGUGCUAUAGGAGAAAUUGCUCGGGGAAUGAGUGAACCUACAAUCCUACCGGUGUGGCGUAGAGAUAUUCUAAGUGCAAGGGACCCACCAAAAGUGACAUGCACUCAUCCUGAAUACGAACAAGUACAUAACAUCAAGGAAAUUAUCUCCAUCCCCAUAGAUGACAUGGUCAAUCGGAAUUUCUUCUUUGGUUCUACUGAGCUAGCUUCAAUUCGUAGUUUUCUUCCUUCCCACCAACUUCCGUGCACAAAUUUUGAAAUUCUCACAGCAUUUUUCUGGCGUUGUCAUACAAUAGCUUUGCAACCAAACAGUGAUGAGGAGGUUCGCAUGCUCUGCCUUGUUAAUGCACGUGGCAAGCUUGACUCUCCAUUACCAACUGGUUACUAUGGUAAUGCUUUUGCACUUUCGCCUGCAAUCACCACUGCUAGGAAGCUAUGUGAAAAUUCAUUGGGAUAUGCAUUAGAGCUAGUGAGGAAAGCAAAAGCUAAUGUCACUAAGGAGUAUAUGCAUUCAUUAGCUGAUUUAAUGGUCAUUAAAGGACGACCACUCUUCACUUUGCAAAUAUCGUUUAUGGUGUCAGAUUUAAAGCUUGCUGGGUUCAAACGGGUUGACUUUGGGUGGGGGGAGGCUGUUUAUGGAGGGGUAGCCAAGGCAGGAGUUGGGCCCAUACCUACGCUAGGUUACACUCCCUUUAAAAAUGCUAAAGGAGAGGAAGGUUUAAUGACAUCUAUUUAUUUACCAUCUAAAGCCAUGGAGAAGCUCAUAAAAGAGUUGAAUAAUGUGCUUAAGAACCAUAUCCAAACUACUCAGGGUGGUCCAAACUCCGGUUUUAUCGUUUCUUCAUUAUAGUGCCAUAAAAUUUUGAAUUUGCUUUAAUACCGAAUGCAAAAAUAUAUUUGUUGUGA